AUGGAGCUAUCACUUGAGCGCAGACAGGAUGCCUCGCAGUACCCAGCGCAUACGAUUGAUAUGCCCAUUGAUCAUUUCCCAAAUAACCCACGUUAUGCCCCGCACACAAAUGCGACCUUCUCUCAGCGAUAUUAUUUCGACUCGACGUACUAUAAACCUGGCGGUCCAGUAUAUCUGUAUAUAGGAGGUGAAACGAGUGGGCCGAGCAGGUUCUCGAAUUUGGAGACCGGGAUCAUCCAGAUUUUGAUGAAUGCAACGAAUGGAUUGGGCGUCAUCCUAGAGAAUAGAUACUAUGGAGAAUCGUUUCCUUACAACACUUCGACUACAGACCAACUAGUCUACUUGACUACCGAGCAAACAAUCGCGGACAAUGCAUACUUCGCCACUCAUGCAACCUUCCCUGGCAUCAAAGGCAAUAUAUCGGCACCAAUUUCACCAUGGGUGUUGUACGGAGGAAGUCUGGCAGGAGCUCAGACUGCAUUCUCUGUCAAGCAAUACGGAGGCUUGCUAUACGGCGGCAUUGCUAGUAGCGCCGUAAUCCAUGCGGUGCUCGCCUAUCCUGAGUGGUACGCUCCAAUCCAGAAGUUCGCUCCCCAAGACUGUGUCACAAGUAUCAACAACAUCGUCGACAAGUUCGAUGCACUAGUUGCUGCAAACAACACUGAAGGUAUUAAAGAAUUCAAGGCAAUUUUCGGCCUUGAGGCGUUGGUAGACAACCGAGACUUCGCGAUGACAAUUGCUUUCCCAAUCGGUGGGCCCAUGAACUAUCCGACCAACACAUGGCAAGAGCUCAAUUGGAACUCGACAUAUGGUUCCCAGGAUUUCUUCCAUUUCUGCUCCAAUGUCACCAAUCUGGACGCCCCUGAAAACAUCACAGCGGUCGACACCGUGCUCAGUAAAUACAGUAAUGGCGAGGCUUGGAGCAACCUUGGUAACUACGCCCAAUACGUGAAACAAACACUCCUCCCACUCUGUGACGGUGUCCCGAUCGACAGCACGUCUUGCUUUGGCACCCAGAAUCAAACUUUCUAUGCCGAUACAACUAAUUCAGCAGCGCGCAGCUACCUUUACAGCACCUGCACCGAACAGGGCGCCUAUCAGGUCGCGCCCGCAACUGGACCUUCAUUGAUCUCCCGCGUCCUUCAGGUCAACUACACCCAGCAAUGGUGUGAAUGGGCUUUUCCCAAGGGGAAGUUCAAUUCCAUACCCAGCACGCCCAACUUGAAUUACUACAAUCAUUACGGAGGUUUCAAUUUCUCUGCGGAUCGUCUAGCCUUCAUUGACGGCAACAUCGACGUCUGGCUCGACGUCUGCUAUCACUCGAAUGACGCCCCAGCGCGCUAUUCUACAGAUCUUCAUCCUGAGUAUUUGAUUGCCGGCGCGGGCCAUCACUGGGAUAGCUACGGCAUUCUUGAUCUCGACGCGGAGCCACAGUUCAUCGAGCAGGCGCAUCUGUGGGAGAUCAGAACGGUGAGGAAGUGGCUGAGAAGCUUCAAGAGCUGGAAAUCGAACGUCAGACAUUCAGAGCUCUAG